AUGGGGGCGCUGCCAUCGAGGUUCUGGUUUUUGCUGUUCCCCGCCAACGAGUACAAGAUCGUGGUGGCCGGGUUGGAGAAUGCCAGCCAAGCGACGACGCUCUACAAGCUGCACCUGGGAGAGGUCGUCGACACGAGCCCUUCCAUCGGGAGUAACGUGGAGGAGGUCGUCUACAGAACAUUCGGUUUGAGGAAGAGUCCUGAAGACGUGUAUAUUGCUUCCACUUCAAAAAAUAACUCAAGGUUCUGUGAAGGUUGGGCUUCAAGCGACGGUGACAAGGUAGGCGGCGAUCACCUCCUGCAGCGCUCCACCGUCGAUCUUUGGAGCAGCGAUUGGUGGGACACGGAAAUCUGCAGUGUGGUAGAGGCCAGAGAUCUGCAGCAAUUCGCUACCGAAUGGGAGAUGGCUGGGCUGUGUCCGCUUGAUGGCCGCCUCCUCUUACAGGGGUGA